CGCUGCGCCCGGCUCCCGCGGCCAGCCUCCGCCGCGUGCCCGAGGCCGGCGCCGCCCUUCCUCCCACCUGCCUCCUCCAGGCCUUGCGCGCCGCGACGGGAGGGCCAGGCGCUGCUCUGCCGCUCAGCGGGCGCCCGCCUCGCUCGCUGCUCAGCCGGCGCUCGGGACGGGGCGCUGUGCCCGAGGCAUGGCGGGGCAGGCGCGCGUCCCGCUGGGGCUCUUCUGGUGGCUGCUGGCGGCCCCUCACGUAAUGGUGGCCUCUGGAUGUCAUGAAGCGGCCUAUGGCAACCUUAUCCAGGAAUUCUGCUUCAACCAGUUUAAAUCUGAUAUGGGAACUCUCAGGCAGACGCUGUGGUGUGACUUUGAUAAAACCUUGGGCUGCUACAGGGAAUUUAUCAACUGUACUUUGCUGAUAGGAACACAACUGGAUUGCAACUGGCCAAACAAGCUAGUGGAUGAGUACUUCAUAGCAAUUCACCAGCACUAUUUCAAAAACUGCCCUGAAUCGGGAUGGGCUUUGAGGGACCCCCCUAACACCAUUCUGUGUCCGUUCAUUGUAGUCCCCAUCUUUAUCACUCUUCUCAUGACAGCACUGGUGGUGUGGCGGAGCAAGCACAGCGAAGGCAUUGUCUAAACUUCUCCAGUCCCCAGACGCAUACGGCAAGGGGUUUCGCUGUUGAUGAAGAGGAACCUGAAAGUCUCGAAGUCUCACAUUAAAUGAACUCUGGCUAAUUCAUGAGUGAUUCCGCACACGUUGGAUAAUGCACUUCCAAUCCUCUUUAUAGAUCCUUUGGAACGGACUUUUUUGUGUGCGGAACAAAUAAUCCACCUCAAACGACUGAUAAAGUGCAUUGAAAGUGCAUUAUCCAACGUGUGCGGAAUCAGCCCAUGUCGGGCUUUGAGCAAGCUGUAGUGAAGAACAGUUUUGCUAUUCUUGCACUGGAACACAGAUUUUAGAAGUAAUAUUUCUAAAGGUUCAAUAGGAAAAAAUCAUUCUGCCGUCCAGAGAAAAGUGCUGCAACUAAUUUUUUGACUAGGAAAUGCACCAAGGAGUAAAACUACUGCUCUUUAAUACCGGAAGCAUUUUUUUAAAUUUGUUCAUAUUUAAAGGCAUGUCUACACAAGUGUCUCCUCUGCAAAGCUUCUCAAAUUUACUUUGACUUUGUGAUAUUCCCAGUACCAGCAGGACAAUGGCUGGAAUGUGUAGGAUAUGGUACAUGAGGGUUAUAUCUGUGGAAAAGAUAGCACCCACCCAAGAUUUCACCCCAGUGUUUCAGUUAUAAUGACUGAUCUCUGCCCAUGGACAGGAGCCCGGCAGCAGAAUCAUAGCCCAUGUUGGUGUGCCGUUAGUAGCUGUUGUGUUCCUACCACAGAGUAUUCAAGCUCUUAGUUAUGCUAAUGGCUUACUAACCUCUCCCCUGCUAGUAAGUCACACCUAGAGCCCUAAAGCUUAAAAAGCUAAAGAGAAAGAAAACUCUCUCCUGGGACAGGAAUAUGACUGUCAGCCUAAAGUUGGGGCCUGGAGAUUUCCUGGAAUGACAACUGAUCUCCAGACUACAGAGAAUAGUUUCUCUGGAGAAAAUGGCUGCUUUGGAAAGUACACUCUGUGGUACUAAACCCUAUUGACAUCCCUCCCCAAGCUCUAUUUCGCAAUCUCAACCCAACAUGGGCAACUGAAAAUAGGAAGGCCAUCCCAAAGAGAAGUGUGAACGAGAAAGGGAAAUUAUAAAUACUGCAGAGGGCACAGGGAGCUCGCUCUCUUGUCUAUUUUGGGCAAGAUGGAUUCCAUCUUAUUUAGAAGGCAGGUAAUAAUAGCAUAACAACAAUCAAUUUAUACACUGCCCUUCAGGACAACUUAUCACUCACUCAGAGCAGUUUACAAAUGACAAUUAUGACAAUCACCCUGUGAGGUGGGUGGGGCUGAGAGAGCUCCAAGAAGCUGUGACUGAGCCAAGGUCACCCAGCUGGCUUCAGUGGAGAGGACUAAAGUAAUGGAGAACUGAAAUAAUGAGGAACUCUAGCAUACUUCAAAUUCCCGUUAAAACCUGCCUGUCUUAAAGUCCAGCACCAUUUAGGGGGUAUCUGGUGCAAGGAUAGAAAUUUGCCUGUCUUCAACCUUGUCUUUGUUUCGUUACUAACACUUUGCUUGAGGAAAAUGUAUAUAUACUUUUAUUCAUUCAUUAAACUCUCUUUAUAUUCUAAA